AUGAAGCGAAAAAAUGAAGAUAAUGCAUCACAAGUCGGUCGCAAUGUACGCAAGGUUCUGUCUAAUAAUAAAAGCGGUCAGAGCUCACUACAAACGCGAAAGUUAGAGUUGGAAGAAUUAAAGACACUCCGAGAAGAAAACAUCUUACUUAAUAAAGAAAUUGAAAAAAUGAAAGCCGAGAGAAAGAGAUUGUUGGAGGAAAGAAAUAAGCUUAGGGAAGAAAAAAGACUAAGCACACAAGAAAAAGGGACAUUGAUGGCAGACGUUUGUCAAAUGGAGCAUCGACUCGCUUGUGAAGAAGCACGAGUAGUCGAACUUGAGGAAAUUCGGGCCAAUUGCCAAAACCAUUUAAGUAUUUUGAACGGAGAAAACAUCCAACUUGAUCGAGAUCGAGAUCUUUAUAGAAAUGAAUUGAAUAUCGCCAACGAAAAGAUCCUGAUACAUGCAAAAAGACUAUCAGAACAGCAAUCGCUUAUUGAUGUCCUUACAACGAAACUACAAGAACAAGAAAAGAUUUGUCAAGAUCUCAGAAAUUCAAUCGGAAAAUUGAAAAAAUGA